UGGCUCUGGGGGGUUUUCCUGGCUCUGGAUCAUUGCCUCAGAGUAGAACGAGAGAUAGAUAGAGAGAGAGAGAGUUUGGAAGGAGGAUGGCUGCCAUCAGGGCGCUUCAACAGUGGUGUAAAGUCCAGUGUGAUGGCUACAGAGACGUGAAUAUAAUCAACAUGACCACCUCGUUCAGAGACGGACUGGCUUUCUGUGCUCUCAUCCACAAAUUCAGACCGGACCUCAUAAACUUCGAGUCCCUGAAUAAGGACAAUGUGUAUGACAACAACAGCUUGGCGUUCCGUGUGGCUGAGGAUCAUCUGGGAAUCCCGGCUCUCCUGGAUGCAGAGGACAUGGUGGCUCUUCCUGUCCCAGAUCGACUCAGCAUUCUCACUUACGUCUCACAAUACUACAACUACUUCAAGGGUCGCUCACCCAUAGGAGGAGUUGGAGGCGUCAAGCGGCCGGCAGAGGACUCGAAAGAGGAGCCGUCAGAAAAGAAGAAUCUCCCUGUCACAGCCAAACCCUACAGCCCAAACACACAUCCGGUGUCUUCCUCUGUCUCCUCUAAACUCACUCCAAACAAGCUUGUGUCCACCUCUGUGACACAGCAGCGUGCCCAGGAAAAACACCUCGUAUCCAAAAACACCAAGAUGACCUCACCAAGCACUGAUUCAGCAUCCACGGUGAAAACCCCAGGCAGGAACGCUGACAAGGCUGUUUUAGUCGAGAGCUCCAAUAAAAAUGGCACCCUGAACAGUAAGUGUGGCGUCUGCAGGAGUCACGUCCACUUGGUUCAGAGACACCUAGUGGAUGGGAAACUGUACCACAGGAGCUGCUUCAAGUGCUGUGAAUGUGCAGCUGCUUUACAGUCCGGGGCGUAUACAUGUGGCCAGCAGCCCGGUACACUGCGCUGCUCUUCACCUCGUUGUACUCAGAAUGGCUUUAAGUCUUCGGCUAAACACAGUGGGUCGGAUACGUCUGGACUCGAACCCCGACGUGGAAAUGAUCCGUCACCUCGGCAGCACAGCUCGGUUCUAACCAGCACUUUGAAACCUGUUCCCAGAUCAGUUCAGCCAUCUCCAGCACCAGAGCCUUGGACCGCUUCAGCACUAAGGACUCAAGAUGCCAGAAAGAGGUUUUUUCUUUCCGCCUCACAGGCCUCUACUUCCCAGAACAUCAUUGCACCGAAGUGUGAAGAAGACAAGAAGCAGGCGCCGGCAUCGAUCUCUCAGAAAUUGGCAGAAGGAAACUGCAACAAUAAUAACAAAGCUUAUAGCUGUGGGCUCAGUCCAGACAACAGAUCUGUUAAAGUCUUCAGCUCAGAGCAGGAGAGACAUGUCUCAGGCACAGAAGUCCAAGCUGGACAUUUGUGUAUUUCUCUGACCAACACCGGCAGCACGGAGUCCCCGAGUCUGAGUGGCAUAAACAAAGAGCACACCAGACCUCCCUCCUCUUCCCUCUUCAUCACCAGAGCCAUAGCCAAAGAUGUGGGGAGCUGUGAAGGCCCAAAGCUAAAGACGGCAUCAAAUGAACCAGGACUAAAAACGUUCACUGAAGAUAAUGCCGUGACUCCCGAACAAAACAAAAUCAUCUGUAAUGAUAAGCAGCUGAAUCACCAGACCACAAACGUUACUCCUUAUAAAUCUCCAGCCAGAGCCUCUGGGGUCUCAGGCUCUAAAUCUGAGCGUUCCUCGGCGAGCUCAUCACCCGGGCGUACGCUGCCAUGUACAGAUCAACACCAUGGAGGCCUGGCUGAAUCUAGCUGUAUAUCAGAAAACGACCGAACCUGUCCGUCCCUCAGGCAUCUAGUGGAUGACGGUGUCUACUUGAGACAGCCAGGAUGCUCUGACUCUGCAGUACAUGCCGAAGACAGAAUUGCGCCAUUCGAGAACAGUUCACAGCUGGAGACGGAGUCACUCCCGAUCAGGUCUCACCACAUACCAAUCGAGCAGAUCACGAAGGAGCUGCAGGAAAUUGAGAACAGCCUGAGUGAUUUGGAGAAAGCGGGAAUUGACCUGGAGAGAAGACUACGCAGCUGUGAGGAAGAGGGUAGCGGGGACAUUUUGGCGGAUCCGUUGAUGGUGGACUGGUUCAACCUGAUUCGGAAGAAGCAAAGUUACAUACGGAGGGAAUCUGAGCUCAUGUACAUAACAAAAACUCAAGGUUUAGAGGAGCAGCAGCCAGAAGUGGAAGGAGAGCUCAGGAAACUGAUUAAUAAACCAGAGCAUCUCAAAAGCACUUCAGAAAUGAAGAGAGAGUCUGAUCUCAUGAAGAAGCUGGUGGAGAUCGUCAACGACCGGAACGCCAUCGUGGACGGCCUGGAGGAAGACAGACGGAGAGAAGAAGAAGAGGAUCAGAAGCUGAAUGAAAUGAUACAGCGGCUUGGUAAGUGUACGCAAACUAAAGAGCAGGAGAACGUCGUCCUUCUCUAAGGUGUUCAGACGCAGAAGUAAAAACCAAGGAAGGAAGGAAGAAGGAUCCGUGGCCGAGCCGUGACUCGGUGACGCAAUCUCGCCACGCACAGCCGCUCAAAGAACUCUGUGAAGUGUGGCAGGUCAGAUGUUUAAUAUAAUGAAACAGAAAACACACCGUGCCUUGUUUGUGCUCCUCGGUUUACAUCCCAGACUGCACUCAGCCACAUCCACAACAUCCGCUCAGUGGUUUUAUUCUCUUCACUUGCUUUACAUGCUUGUUAUACUCUAUGAAGAAAGAGAGAAUAAAAAUCUAACAAUUCAUUCAUUAAUUUAUUUAUUCAUUCAUUAAUGGAUUUUAUUUGUAGUUUGAAUUACACAUAGACUUAAACAUGGAAUUGAUACAUUUCAUCAGAUGUGUUUUUUAUUUUGUUAUUAUUAUUAUUAUUAUUAUUAUUGUUGUUGUUGUUAUUAUCAUUGUUAUUAUUAUAUUAUAAUUAUGUUAUUACAAUGAAAAUAAUUAGUAUUAUAAUUUUGAUAGUAGUAAUAAGUAAUAAUAUAUUUAUUAUUAUUAUUAUUAUUAUUAUUAUUAUUAUUAUUAUUAUUAUUAUUAUUAUUAUUAUUAUUUCAACACAACUCACUCACAUAAAAUGAUCCUGCACAUUUCUGUAAAGUGUCACUUUCCCUAUUGCCCUAAAGGUGGCACUACAGGCUCACAUGCCCUUCAGAAGAGUAUUUAAAAAAGAAAGAAAGAAAGAAAGAAAGAAAGAAAGAAAGAAAGAAAGAAAGAAAGAAAGAGAGAAAAAAAAGAAAUUUAGAAAGCACCCUACAUGCCUACACUUCCAAUGUUGCUCAAUAUAAACUCUAAAAAAUAUAAUAUAUAUAAAGAAUUUUCCUAACUAAAUCAAUCUGGCAUUACUGAAAGGUUUAUAUUUUCUUUUCUGUUUUUAUUUACUUAUUUUUAUAUUUAUUUAUAAUUUUUUUCUUGUGAGAAAUAAUUAGUCUUGUUUUUUUGCUUUUUAGUGCGUUAAACCUGUUUAAUUAUGUGUGGACUGUGGUCAUGUGUUCAGAUAAAUUUUUUGUUGGCUUCCAGAAAGACUUGUGUUUAAGACUCGUGUGUAAAAGUGCAUGAGGAAUAUUAGAAUAAAUUACAGACCAGAGUUUUUUAGUGAUUAAUCCUACUUUUUUAAAAAGAUUUUCAACUACUUUCAAUUGCUUACAAACUGUAAAUAUGUUGUCGUCGUUGUUGAAUUUUUAGUAUGUUUUUUCUUUUUUAAUUACUUGGUAUAAUAAAAGUAGUA